CCCGUCCUCCCCCUCCCUUCCCUGCGUCCUCCGUGCUGCUGGAUCCGAGGGGUGCGCUCAGACGCGCUCUGCGUUCAGACUCGCAGCAGGCACCCCGAUGGCCCGCCGUCAGAGGGACUGCACGAACCAGACGAUCCGCCCCGGCUCCAGGCUCCCCUAGCGAAGGCUGAGCCCCGAGAGCCUCCUGCUGGAACACACCGCCUUGUUUUAGUUUCCUACCAGAGGGAGAAAGGUGCGGAUGAUGCUGAGGAUGCGCCCCAGAUGGUGGAUUUCCCUAUUGUGCGUCUGUGGAUGGAUGCACGUCGGGUUUCAGAGCAUCCCAGACGCUCUAAAUGGAGACGCCUCGUCGAGCUGGAAGGCUCUCCGUGGUGCGGGCAGGCUCGUGAGGAAGGAGGACACGGUGCCGCUCCGCCUGCUGUACGACAGCCGGGACCAGGUAACCCACGAUGAGCUCAGCACCAGGGUUAAGGCCAGACCUGGAUCCACGCAGGUGGACCACGUGGCCCAGGCAAGCUUCCAAGUUGAUGCUUUUGGAAGAAAAUUCAUUUUGGAUGUGGAACUGAAUCACGAUCUCCUGUCUUCGGGGUACAAGGAGAGGCAUUUGUCUGAAGAUGGGAAGAUUGUCGUCACCAAUGGAGGAGAGCACUGCUACUACCAGGGGAAAGUCAGAGAUGUUCCUGGCUCCUACGUGGCGCUCUCCACCUGUCACGGGCUGCAUGGGAUGUUCUUCGAUGGAAAUCACACCUACAUGAUUGAGCCUGGAGAGCAGGACGGAGACGCUGGAGACUUUCGUGUUCACAUGAUAUACAAAUCCGCUGAAGGAGAGGGACUGAAGGAUCUCCUCGAUGGUGAUUUUCCCGAGCCACCUUUCCCCAGUCCCCCUUUUCCUGGAUCCAAAGCUGUCCAUUGGAGAAGAAAGAGACAGGCUCCGAGAUGGUCACGGAGUGUAGAGGAGGAGACCAAGUACAUUGAACUCAUGGUGAUCAAUGACCAUUUAAUGUACAAGAAGCAUCGUCUGUCUGUUGGGCACACAAAUAACAACGCUAAGACGGUGGUCAAUAUGGUUGACAUGAUUUUCAGAGAACAGCUCAACACCCAGAUUGUGCUCGUCGCCAUGGAAACCUGGUCGGUAGACAGCAAGUUUAAUAUCGACGAAGACCUCAUGGUGACGCUGAAGGAAUUCAUGAAGUACAGAAGGGACUUCAUCAAGGAGAAAUGCGACUCCGUUCAGCUCUUCUCAGGGAUUCACUUUCACAGCAGCUGGAGCGGAGCGUCUUAUCUGGGUGGAGUUUGCUCUCUCGCUAAAGGAGGCGGUGUCAAUGAGUAUGAGAAAACCAACGAGAUGGCGAUAACCCUGGCCCAGUCUCUCGCUCAGAACAUCGGCAUCUUUUCUGACAAGAAGAGGAUCCUCAGCGGUGAAUGUACGUGUGAUGAUAAGUGGGCGGGCUGCAUCAUGGAUGUUAGUGGCAUCCACCUGCCUAAGAAGUUUUCUGAGUGCAACGUGGAGGAGUACCACAACUUUCUGAACAGUGGAGGAGGAGUCUGUCUGUUCAACAAGCCACAGAAGCUUUUGAAUCCUUCAGAAUGUGGAAACGGCUUCGUGGAGCCAGGAGAGGAGUGUGACUGCGGCAACGCCGCGGAAUGUGCCAAAGAAGGAGGGAACUGCUGUAAGAACUGCACUCUGACUAAAGGCUCCAACUGCAGCAAUGGACUCUGCUGCAAAAACUGCCAGAUGGAGCUGAUGGGGGUUGUGUGCAGAGAUGCAGUGAACGACUGUGACAUCCCAGAACACUGCACAGGCAACUCCAGCCAGUGUCCACCAAAUGUGCACAAGAUGGACGGUUACACGUGUGAAAAAGACCAAGGCCGCUGCUUCAAUGGAAGGUGCAAAACCAAAGACACCCAGUGCAAGUACAUUUGGGGAGAGAAGGCAACGGCAGCUGAUAAGUUCUGCUAUGAGAAGCUGAACAUCGAAGGGACAGAAAAAGGAAACUGCGGGAGGUUCAACGACACCUGGAUCCAGUGUAACAAGCAGGAUGUUCAUUGUGGCUACCUGUUGUGCUCCAACAUCUCACCUGCCCCACGCCUGGGGGAGCUCCAGGGAGGGCUGACCUCUUUCUCAGUAGCCCAACACAGUGCUUCUCUGGACUGCAGCGGUGGUCACGUGCUGAUCGAUGGAGACACGGAUCUGGGAUACGUUGAGGAUGGGACAGCCUGUGGAACAGAAAGCAUCUGUUUUAAUCACAAGUGCCUCCCGGUUCAGCAGUUCAACUUCAGCACCUGCCCUGGGACUACCGACAAGACCGUCUGUUCCGGACACGGGGUGUGCAGUAACGAGCUGAGGUGUGUGUGUUACCUGGGAUGGACCGGAGACGACUGUAACUCCAGGUCUCCAUUUGGUUUUCUUGUGGAGGGACACACCUCACCUGAUUCAGGUAACACCAGCACCAACAUCAUCAUCGGAGCCAUUUCGGGCUCGAUUCUCUUCCUCGCCCUGAUUCUGGUCGUCACAGCCCUGUGCUACAAGAGCUACAAAAAGAAAUGCUAUGUUCAGUCUGAGGUUCAUAGAAGAUUCUGCCGACAAAUCCCCCCCGGUGACUAUGUCACCAAACCCGGGGAUGCAGAUUCCUUUUACAGUGACAUGCCUCCAGGCGUCAGCACCAACUCGGGCUGCAGCUCUAAGAAGAGGUCAGCCUGCCUGUCCCACCUGCAGAUUUGCACGCUGUCCUUCACUCCCUCCUUCCCAUCCAUUUCUCACAACAUCUCACUGUUUGGCUUCAGAUCUAAUGGCCUUUCCCAUUCAUGGAGUGAGAGGAUUCCAGAUGCCAAACACAUCUCUGACAUCUGUGAAAAUGGAAGGCCGAGAAGCAACUCGUGGCAAGGUAACCUGAGCGGGAAUCGUAAGAAGCUGAAGGGGAAGAAGUUCCGCGCUCGAUCGAACUCCACAGAGUAUUUAACCCCUCGCUCCAAAGCUGAGUUUUAUGAUGUAACUAAGUGGGUAGAAGAUGUGAAUAGAAACACUCGAGGACCGUUGCUUAGGACCCUCUCCCCCGCCAAGUCUCCCACUUCCUCUACAGGAUCGAUUGCGUCCAGCAGGAGAUACCCGUACCCGAUGCCGCCGCUGCCCGAUGACCAGCGGAAAGCCAACAGGCAGAGUGCCAGGCUGUGGGAGACCUCAAUAUAACGUCAGUCCCACCCGCUCUGCAAACGCUCCUGAAGAACCACACAUCUCGUUUCUAUGAAUGGAAAACACAAGAAGUGCUCCUAAAGAGAACGUGAGCCCCUUCCCCACCCUCCUCUGUAGACAGGAAGUACACCGAGGUCUGCGAGUUUGGAUCUACAAGCAUCUUUCUCUGGUCUGGACGACGAGGACCGUCCCAGGGCAGCCGAUGCCGUCCCUCGACUCAAAGCCUUUUAAAUCGGACCGGGACCCCGGCGUCGUUUUUACACGCACGUGAAUCGCUGUAGAGUCCAACGCCGUAUGCAUGAGUCGACCCUGUCUCAACCCCACCUGCUUCCCCGGGAAAGAAGAGCUGUACGGAUAGCAUGCAGUCAGACGGUGAUCCGAUACGUUCUAUGAUGCUUUCUGAAGUCAACCCAACUUGGACCCAUCCUGCCCUCCUCGGUUUGCUGGUGUGUAAAUAUGUACAUUGAAGUCAACACGGAGUAUGUUUUUUCUCUCAUGUUGAAGAACAGGCCGCCAGAGAGGCUGCUGGCCUCUCCCGUGUGCUGUAGAGGCAGAUGUCUGUAGAUGUACAUAAAGCCCUGAAGUCAUUCUUCUGUCAGGGUUUCUAGUUCUUCUGUCUGCAUUAUUUUCUCCUCUGUGACCUUUUAUCGCCGUUUUCAUCAUGAGCAGAAUGUGUCUUUUUAAAAUAACUUAGCAUUAUUUUCACCCGUGAUGGUGAGGAGGCGUUCAGUAGCUGGGGCGGCCGUCGGUGAGUGGAGCUUUAGUGGAGUUGAACUAGUUUUGUGUGCCAUUUCUGAGCGAAUGGAUCAAAAUGUGUCUCAUGUAGUUGUAGCUGCGCGUCACUCGAGUUGUUUUUGGGGAAUUUUUUGUUUGAUAAUGAAGAUGCAUCCUCCCUGAUUCCCCGUGGAGGCUGAUGUGCUGCCGUUUCCACGGCGACGGCACUUCAACGUGCAUUUUUCUGUACAGUGCUUGUGAAGACCCAACAGCAUGACCGUCUAUCAAAUCUGGGUUUCUGGCUCUGGUGGGACCACGAUGAGAAUCGAGCAUGUCACUGAAUGUCCUGACCCCUCGCUGCACAUUUCAUUUGGUCUUAACUGGUUUUGUGCGCCGCCUGUCAGGACGGCUUACGACAGGAAGUGAUGUCGUUUUGCACCAGUGCAGCUGUUUGUGACCAGCCGCUCUCGUCUAAAAAUGUGUUUCUGUUCCUGCGUGUUCCACUUUUGCAUUUGUGACUCAACUCAUGCAUCCGAUCUGGAAAGCAUCUUCACCCCGCUGGACUAAUGCUGCUCAUCUUUUUUAUUAAGUACCUUUGUAACGUUUUCUCUCAGCAGUUCUGUACAGCAGCUGUUUAAACAACAGUUAAGUGCUUUAUUGUAAUAAUCUUUCGUCUGAGGUCACGUUCCUGGACUGGAGCAUCACCAGGAGCUCCUGGUGGUUAUUUUAACACAAACUGCUUCUCUGCUCUGGAGACCAGGAUGUUUCGCUGCACUCGUCUGCGAGGGCUGGGGCCGUGCAGGCUGCAGACCCACACAGCUGCGCCGAGCUCUCUGGUGUCCCAGAUGAGCUGCCCGACCCUCUUCAGCCAGAACCAUGAAUGUAUUUGUUCUGGAGCACACCGAACCCAGCUCCCACCCUGCCAGACUCGUCGACCCUCGACUUCAGGAACACUGCAGUUUGUUUUGAUUUUGUUUUAUACCUGUGUGCUGUACAGACUACUGAUGCAAAAACCAACCCACUUAUUAUUUUCUUGUAAUCAUUCAGUAUUGUAAUAUAUUUAAUAUAAAACUUUCAUCAACA